AUGGCGAAGCAUUCUGGCGACUCCCAUUUAGGAUACGUUCACUUGGCAAUCUGGAUUCUUCGUGUGGUAACACCCACGGCUGUCCUUGGUAAGAAGAAAGAGGAAAUAGCUUAG